UCUGUUUCUUUCAGAUGCAAUUGGGCAGUCUUCUGCCUAUCCGAUGUGCCUUGGCGCUGUUUUUUCUGCACACUGCUACUUUGGAUGUUUUGCUGCCUCCCUGCCCUCCAGAGUGCAUCUGCCUUUCACAGUCGCAAGUACUGUGUAAUUCUGGAGGUCUUCGCGAGAUUCCCAAAAAGCUACUCCCUCCCACAGUUGAACAUCUGUCAUUAACACGAAAUCACUUUCCUUUGAUAAAAAGUGAUUCAUUUGCAGGAUUAAGAUACCUGCGUAAGCUAUCCUUGGACGGCAACAACAUAUCCACGAUAAAGCCUUUCGCCUUUAGGGGUCUGCCCAGACUCCGCGAGUUGUCCAUUCAACACACUCCUCUGCAAACUGUUGCACAGUUCGCUUUUGCCGGCUUACAAAACAUCACAAUCAUCAAUCUGAGCAACAAUCGCAUCAGAAGAGUUGAAGGGUACGCUUUUGCUGGUACCACUAACUUACGUUUUCUGCUGCUUGCCAACAAUCCUCUACACAUACUUGAAAGCAGAUCGUUUAGUGGUCUGACAAACGUAGAGAAGAUAACAUUUCCUUCAGGCAUCCGAUCCAUCGAGCGUUCAGCCUUCGAAGGCCUGGACACUAUAGGCCACAUAAAACUGGCCUUCAUGGACUUGCCGGGCAUGCGGCCUGGCAUGUUUCGCGGCCUUACGAACGUGGGUCUUCUAGCCGUCCAAGAGUCUGAUCUAGGUAUUAUAGAUGGCGCUGCGUUCGACGAAAUGACGAACGUAGCUGUUCUCCAUGUGCUCAACAACAAGAUCGAUGCCAUAGAAUACCUUAAUCUCACCAGCGAGCAACAUAUCGGAAGGCUGGAGGUCAGAGGCAACCACAUACUGGAGAUACCUAAAGCAGAGACGCUUAUCGUCGAGGUGGAGACACUAACUGUGAUAUCCAACCAUUUCCCCUGCAACUGCCACAUCCACUCGCUUCUAGAAGGCCCAUUGGCCAAUGGUAGUAGAACCCACUUCAUCACCAACAACUUUUGCAUCUCACCACUAGAGGUUAAUGGUCUGCCCAUGACCAGUUUGGACAUUGACGCCAUUGGAAGGUGUGAAGAGGAAGUGACGAAAGAGAAUCUAGAAGCUACCAAAGACGCCAGUGACAGUUUUUCAAUUAGAAGGGAAGCUAGGUUCAUGUUAGUGUUUGUGUUAGUGAUAGUGACGGUUGUACAAAGGUGAAGGUGGUGAUAAGUUGAGUGAUGAUCGCCAGUUUCAGAAGACAUGCUUUUGAGGUAAUAAUAAAUGAAAUAAAGGUGAUACGGUAUGUAUGUCAAUUAAGAGGAAUACUUGAUACACAGCCACCAAAUAUAUACUCAGUGACAUAGUCAAAUCAUAUUAGCAAAUUUCCCCUAAAUAAUUAUAAAGUCUGGUUUUAUUGGUGCAAGUUGUUCAAGGGGGUAUUUAAAAGAUGGACGCGUAAAAUGGGUACACCAAUUUUUGUGGGGAAACUGUUUAUUUGACAACAAAUAACGAGAAAACGUGUAUUUUCGGAUUCAAUCGGAAGUGUCGACAGGAACGAUUAAACCUUGCAUAUACAUUUUUAGGUAUUUGUGAGACCGACAAAAUGAGACCACAAGUAAAAAAAUCCGACUAAGAACAAAAGUGUUUUAUGGCCUAAAAACGAGGCAAAAUGCAGGUUUUGGAACUUGUUGGUAAUGCGAUGAUAAUGUAA